AUGUCUAUCUGCAUUCUUCACAACGGUUCUCUGCCAAGUGUGCUGAACGAGGUCUUCAACGAACUCGACGACGCUCUCGGCCAAGUCCUCCUGGUGAGACCACCUGCUUCUUCUCCUCCAAAGGGGAAUAAUGAAAAGAAAGCCGUGAUGGGUCAAAUGGGCAAGGUUACCGAUGACGGGUCAAAAAUGACAGUCGCCUUGAAUGUUUCAAAAUUCAAGCCAGAUGAACUGAAAGUGAACAUCGAUGGCCGAACCCUUACCGUAGAGGGUAAACAAGAAGUCAAAGAUGGCUCGAGUUACACGGCCAGGUAA